AUGAGUCUUGCUAGGAUGCACAUCGCCGCAUUCCUACUGGUGCUCGGGCUCUGCAACGCGGAAAGUACCGGAAGCGGAGAGAUCAAGGUGAACGACUCGCUUGCUAUCGAACGCACUGUUGCCGACGAUGCCGGCGCCGAUACCAGCGCGAAAGCGGCUGUCGAUAGCGCCGAGGAGGAGGCUGUCGAAGAGAACCUGCCGAUCUUACCUCCGUUAAUACUUCUGGAUUUCGACAACGGCACGGCCGACGAUAACGCGACCGCCGACGAGAAAUCGAAGCGCACGGUGAACAACGGCCUCGGCUACGGCUUCGACCGGAACUCCCUACUCGCACCGCGAAAAUACAAUUACUACUUUCCCGCCGGGAAAACCGGAACCACCGUGAGCAUAGAGGAGUCAAUCAGCCCGUUUCUUCCACGGACCAUCAUCGAGAGAGCGCGGCCGAGACCGGUUACCGGUGAAUCACACGAGAAGCCCGGGCAGCAAGGGUCGUUUAGCGGUUCGGCGUCCGACCGGCGAAGCCGUAUCUUCCGAUAUUACAUAUCGCCCACGGCGAAAUCUCAGCCGACGUUCGGCCUGCGGACGAAGUUGACGAAAACGACUAAUUCUUAUCAAAGGUACCCUUCCAUCAUCAGGCCCUCCGUCAAGAUUUACUCGAACGAAGACUAUCGGAACGGCGCGUACGCAUCUACCACCUCGCGACCCUUAGCGUACAGCUCUACGGAAGCGACGGGUCACGUCACUUCGAGCCCGCAGAGUUACAUGGCCUCGAGUGCGUACACUUACGUCACGCCGGUCCCGACGACGUACGAAGAGCCCUCUCAGAGUUAUCUGGGACAAGGUAGUCAACACACGAUAAACGUGCAGGGCUACUCGAGAGCGGUGCAAAGUGUAGAUUCUUCGACGGCCAGUCCCGAGGGCGUCACUUAUCUCGAGAAUGUAGACGUUCGGUCGAGGACGAGUCCUCGAGGUUACGUUCGACCAGGCUCGAACGUGGUGGAGCCGUCCUCUCCCGGAUCCGCGGAAGUGUCCGGCUACGUGGAGAGCGCCGGUCCCUUUGCCGAUCUGCCUAGAUACACGGUGGAAAAUGGCGUCAGGUAUGAGAACAAGAUUUUUUGGAAGUAUCCGGACGGUAGAGUGUCCGACGUGCCCCCCAUGACGUACGAGACGUACUCGGAAUAUCCAGCCGCGUUACAGGCCGGCAAGCCUCAGGUAAUGUCCGUCUAUGAGUCCGCUUCCACGGAGAACAGCGUGCUGUCGCAGGGCCCGGUGCAGUUCCCGAUGGCGCCGGAAAGCGGCGCGCCGCCGAGUCCCUUCAUCUCCGCCGAGUCUCUGUCGAAACUGCCGCAGCAGCAAGUGUAUCGGCUGGGCUACCAGAAUCUCGUGGGACAUAAGCAGGCUGUUGCGCAACAGGUGAAGGCCAGUAGCGGGGUUUCAGCGUUUGCGACCCCGUCGCCCCCGAGGAACUCCUUCAGGACGAACAGGAAGAAUCAGAAGAGUCGGUACGAAACGUCGGGCGGUCCGGUCUCGAGAUACAUGGUGAACAGCCCGAAUGCAGAGUACACGGACUCUUACACGACGCAGAGCACCCCGAGGAGCACGACACCGUCUAGCUUCUUCCCGCAGACAGUUGGCAGUAAUCUGCCGAGACAGACCACCGCCAGCGGCAAGAACCUGGAGAGCUACUCGAACUUGCAGUACUCGGAUCUCCUGAACUACAAUCCGUCGAUCUCGCAGUACAUCAAGAAUCCCGCAUCCAUUCUCAACGUGCAGCCCACCUUUGUGCAAGCCGGAAGUUCUCUGAUACCUGUGAUCAUUUUAAGAGUCGAUGGCGUACCUCCUAUUCAACCGAAGGCCACGCCGAAUGUGAACCUAAAGGCUCUCUUGCAGCAGUACCUCGUUCAAUACGCCAACAGUAUCGAGGAAUUAGCGCGGCCAUCUAAUUAUGAUCUCGGCGAUGAUCUGACGAAGGAGCAAAAUUCCUUUUCCAUAAAUCAUCUGCGGGAACUGGCACGACUGGCGCAGAGCACAGGCCGUGAUCUGAUCGCUAAUCCAACGGAAUCUUACCUCGGAAGAUCGAGUUACGACACGAGCAACUUGAAUGCCGAGAAAAGUCUUCCUAGCGGAAAAUACGGUCAGCGCACUGCGGCAAGGCCGAAAGUGAAGAGCGUGCAGAUCGUGGAGGAUCCAAGAUUCCCGAAUUAUAGAGAGAAAAAUUGA